AUGGCUGUGAACAAAUUUUUUGGUGCAAUUUCUGCACUAUCUCUACUUCUUCUUCUUUCUAGCUUUGGUUGUGAAGCACAACUAUCACCUACAUUUUAUGAUACUACUUGCCCUAAUGCUCUCACUACAAUCCGUACCACUAUCCGGUCAGCAAUAUCGCGUGAACGGAGGAUGGCUGCAUCGUUGAUUCGACUCCAUUUCCAUGAUUGCUUCGUUCAGGGUUGUGAUGGAUCAGUAUUGCUUGAUGAGACCCCUACAAUUCAAAGUGAGAAGACAUCAUUGGCAAAUGGACAAUCUGCUAGAGGUUUCAAUGUUAUAGAGGAUGCUAAAACCGCAGUCGAGAAAAUAUGCCCCGGAGUUGUUUCUUGUGCAGAUAUUCUUGCAGUUGCUGCAAGAGAUUCAUCAGCUGCUGUGGGUGGCCCAUCGUGGACCGUAAAGCUUGGAAGAAGAGAUUCUACCACUGCCAGUCGUUCCCUAGCAGACAGUGAUCUUCCUGCUCCCUUUCACCAGCUUAGUACACUUAUUUCCCUAUUUUCAAACAAGGGUUUUACUCCGAGGGAAAUGGUUGCCCUAUCAGGAGCCCACACGGUAGGCCAGGCACAAUGCCGUACAUUCCGUGGAAGGAUAUACAGCAACGGUGCUGAUAUUGAUGCCGGUUUUGCUAGCACCCGUCAGCGCCAGUGCCCAUCAACCGGUGGAGACAGCAAUUUGGCACCACUUGAUUUGGUGACACCAAAUCAAUUCGACAACAACUACUACAAGAAUCUUGUGCAGAAGAAAGGCCUUUUGAUAUCAGACCAAACCCUUUUCAAUGGAUCGUCAACUGAUACAUUUGUUACCGAAUAUAGCCAAAAUCCUCGAACUUUCUCGUCCGAUUUUGGUGCAGCAAUGGUUAAAAUGGGCGAUUUAAGCCCCCUUACAGGUCAAGAUGGGAUCAUUAGACGUGUUUGCAGUGCUAUAAACUAGAGAGACAACAUCAUUUUGGCGAAGAUUGAUCCG